UUAUUGACCGUUCAAAAACAACGAAUGAGAAAACGCCACGCAAUCACGGUCCCCAUGCGGUGAACCCCACCGGAACACACCCCGGCAUCCUCUUCUCCCACCAAUACUAGUUUUGGAUUCUAAAGAUCUGCAACACUCUUCUCCCAUUUUCACCAUAUGAUUUCCUCUCUUUUCUAGCCAUGACGGAACCAACACCCGACUCAUCCUCACCUUCUUCAUUGGGUCCCACACCAACCACGGUGAUUCAUCCAAGGCGCGAGCCAUUCGAGCACGGCCUUUUACCUAUUCCGCGACUCAUCUUCUCCGACCCAGCGCAAACCCUAAUUUCCUUGAAACAUAAGCUUAUAGAAUCUUCCUCUAACAACCGAGUCGACUCGGUCGCGAUUUCUGAUUCACUUCAGAUCUCCGUCGAACAGGCUAAGCUCGUCCUCGAUACUCUCGCUUCGGUUCUCCCUCAUGAAUCCGAUUCUGAUACCGUCGAUGUUCAUGAUCUCGUUCUGUUUCUCUACAUUCAAUCUUACAAGAGGCUUCUUCCGCGGACUCACAAGGACUCCGCCGCUGUCGCCGAUGUCUGGCCUUCAACUUCCGCCUUUGAUGGAUACUUGUCCGCUCUCUCGCCGCUUCAGCUUGUGCGCAGCAACAGUAAGAAGUUUACUCCGUCGCAGGCUGAUGAAGUGGCACAUCAGUUGUCUUAUCUGCAAAAGCACUUGGCUAACAUUGUGUCUCUUCUAGCCGAGCCUGUAGAAGGGGAAGGCGAAGAAUCUCUGGUUUUAACCAUGGAUAGAUUUGAGCACCUUGGUUUUCUAAUUCAAAUUGGUGAUAAGGGAUCUGAAGGGAAUUCUUUGAGUCAAUCUUCUCCUUUUUUCGCAAACUCGGAUCCUGACAUGCCUGCAGUUCCUGUACCCGCUUCCCAAGUUCAUGACUGGCUUCUGCAGAAUAUAGCUUCUGCUAUGGAAUAUAUUGCUGAUCGAACUCCUUCAAAAGAAAAUGGCCCAGUUAGUUCCUCUGAUCAGGAUGUUGCUAUGACUGAUGCAUGUACUGCCACAGUUAAGGUCUCAACAAGCGCUAGGGGUGCAAGUUUCAUUGAAGGGAUAUCUAAAUCAUCAUAUGCGAAGCAUGCAUCUGACAUUAAAGGAUCCUCUAUUAAGGUUCUAAAUUGCCAUGAGUCUGCCAUAUACAUCUUAGCACCUUUGAGAUAUGCCACUGUCUAUGGAUGUUCAGAUGCAACAAUUGUUAUAGGAGCAGUUGGAAAGGCUGUGAGAGUAGAACACUGUGAACGAGUUCAUGUCAUUGUAGCAGCAAAACGCAUUUGUAUUGCUAACUGCCGUGAAUGUGUUUUCUUUUUGGGAGUGAACCAGCAACCCCUUAUUGUUGGUGAUAACCAUAAGUUGCAGGUGGCUCCCUAUAAUACCUUUUACUCCCAGUUGGAGGAACAUAUGAAUGAAGUUGGAGUUCUGCCCUCAGUGAAUCGAUGGGAUGAACCUAUAGCAUUGGGCAUGGUUGAUCCCCAUGAUUCACUAUCUCAUCCAGCAGGUGUCUCUGAUGUUCAAGCUGAGUCUGCUUCAAGGGUGGACCCUGAUCAGUUCACUAAUUUUGUGAUUCCCAACUGGCUAGGAGGAGAGUCCACGGGUUCAACAAAAGACAACCCAUUCACAUUACCAGAGGCUUAUAUGGCAUCUCAGCAAAAAAAUGAAAAAAAUUUAGGGGAGAUAAGGCAACUCUUACGAGAAGCACCUUUAGAAGAAAGUCGUAAAAAGGAAUUGUCAUCUGCCCUUCAUGUGUAUUUCAAGGACUGGUUAUAUGCCUCUGGGAACAUUCGUCAACUUUACUAUCUACAAGGAGAUUGAUAUUUGAAUGAUGAUGCAUCUGGCACAAUUAAAGUUAAAGAUGGUACAGGCCAAGGUUUCUGUUUUCCUUUUUGAUUCUCCUCUUCAUUUUCUCUUGCCAAUUCUAUUGGCUCCCUAGGCAGCAGAGAUCAGAUGACUGUGAAUUAGAAUGCCCACCUAUUAAUGCCGUGACAUCACCGGUGCACAGAAAUGGAAUGAAAAAUACAGUUGCUAAUCUGAUUGUAAUAUUUUUUGUUUUGUUUUGUGAAAAUAAUUACUGUAAUAUUUUGUUAGUCCAAAUUAAUGGCCUUUGUGAAAAAUUCCACAUGCCAAGAUCUAGCGUACUGAAUGUCUUUUAACUUCGAGUUUCUCCAUUUAAUUAAACCUUCCGGUAAUAUGCUGUGUCCUCUAGCUAUGUACAUUCCCUGUUGUAUUAACGUGGCUGAUUUACCAGUA